AUGAGCAAAUCUGAUUACUUACACUUGGGAAAUAAUGCUUUGAGUAAAUGUUGUAAUCUCUAUCCUGCAUGCAAAAAUGUUCGUGCUGCUAAUGACCCACCUCCUUAUUAUAAUCAACUCAAUCAACCUACGUACUUACAUGAGGAGACUAAAAAUGACACAACUGUUUUCUUUGGCAACGUUUAUACUAAUACAGCAUAUACUUCACAGAAUUCUAUAAAUUCUAUACCACCCACAAAUGCUGGUAAUCCAGUAAAUUCUUCACAACGUCCGAGUGAUCUUAAACCAGAACCAGCAGUUCAAAUAAUUACUGCAAAUCCAGUAAACGUGUCCAUAUCACAAAGUGCUCUACCUCGAGUAGUUCAACCAUUACCUUCAUCGUACGCUUUUAUGGCUUGGCUUUCGUGUUUAUGCUGCUUUUGGCCUCUUGGUCUUAUUGCCGUAUACUACUCAAGUAAAGUAAACUCUGCAAUCAAUCUAGGAGAUCGGGAAAAAGCAAUUUCAGCUUCUUACAAGGCAAAAAUAUUUUCCAUAAUAUCAAUUGUAAUUGGGUUAAACUUAAUAUGGAUUAUAUAUUUGAUAAACAAGGAACUCACUCCAACAGUUACCUAUACGACAUAUGGUCAAAGAACUUAUUAUAAUAAUUAAAAUAAAAUUUUUACAGUUUGUAACAUGUCAAUUCAUUUUUUCAUAUAAUAUUAAUCAUUUUGUAUAGUUAUUUAAAUUGUUAUUAUUAUUUCUUUUGAUAUAUGAUUAGAAAGUUUUUCUUAAUAUGACAACUCUAAAUAUACUUUUUAUGUAAUCAAAUAAGUGUUUAACUAAUUUCGUUUAAAAAUAAAGUUUAUACUGUGUAA